CCAGCGCCGCCAAGUCUUGCGGGGAGAAGAGGGAAAUUUUUUUGAGCUGUCGCUUCUCCUUUAAGAAAAAAAGCCCCGUCGGCUGCCGGAUGAAAGUCUCUGAAAAAAUGGCGGCGGUAGAACAGAGGCGGGGUCGUGAGGGCAAGGAGGACCCGCCUUUUGGCGCAUGAGCAUGGUUAACUUGCCCAGAGGCAUCCUGGGAAAUGAAGUUCUACUUAUGCUGCUGCUUAGGAAAAAGGAUAGGAAACCGGAAGCGAAGAGGAUGCUGGGAGUUUUUGAUGGAUGCGCGAUGGGAAAGAUGCCUUGUUGGAGGAACUGGAACACUCCACCCUCCAGGAGAGUGAUGAAUACUCCAACACAGCUGCUUCUCCCCUGGAUCAGCAUUCCAGAAAGGAGAGUAACCUUGCUGAGACUUCAAAGGUCCCUUCCAUUCCGGAUGAUGAAAGUCCUUUUCUGGUGCAGCUCGUGUAUACUACCAAAAUUCAGGAGCCCAAUGUCUACAGUCAGGUCCAAGAACCAAAGGAAUCACCACCACCUCCUAAAACCUCAGCAGCUGCACAGUUGGAUGAGCUGAUGGCUCACCUGUGUGAAAUGCAGACCCAGGUUACAGUGAAAACAGAUGCUAGCAAGAAACACUUACCAGACAAGCAGGACCACAAGGCCUCCCUGGACUCAAUGCUGGGGGGUUUGGAGCAGGACUUGCAGGACCUUGGAAUUGCCACCGUGCCCAAGGGCCAUUGUGCUUCCUGCCAGAAACCGAUUGCUGGAAAGGUGAUCCAUGCUCUAGGGCAAGCAUGGCAUCCGGAGCACUUUGUCUGCACUCACUGCAAAAAAGAGAUUGGCUCCAAUCCCUUCUUUGAGCGGAGUGGCUUGGCCUACUGCCCCAAGGACUACCACCACCUUUUUUCUCCACGCUGUGCUUACUGUGCUGCUCCCAUCCUGGAUAAAGUGCUGACGGCCAUGAACCAAACCUGGCACCCAGAGCACUUCUUCUGUGCUCACUGUGGAGAAGUGUUUGGUGAAGAAGGCUUUCACGAGAAGGACAAGAAGCCAUACUGCCGGAAGGAUUUCUUAGCCAUGUUCUCACCCAAGUGUGGUGGCUGCAACCGCCCAGUGUUGGAAAACUACCUUUCAGCCAUGGACACUGUCUGGCACCCAGAGUGCUUUGUUUGUGGGGACUGCUUCAGCAGUUUUUCUACUGGCUCCUUCUUUGAACUGGAUGGGCGUCCCUUCUGUGAGCUCCACUACCAUCACCGCCGAGGAACCCUCUGCCGCGGAUGUGGGCAGCCCAUCACUGGCCGCUGCAUCAGUGCCAUGGGCUACAAGUUCCAUCCUGAGCACUUUGUCUGUGCUUUCUGCCUGACGCAGCUGUCGAAGGGAAUCUUCAGGGAGCAGAAUGACAAGACCUAUUGUCAACCCUGCUUCAAUAAGCUCUUCCAACUGUAAUCUCAGUUGAACCCUUACCCUCUUCUGAUUUACUAUAAAAUUUAAACCAGAGAGGCAAGAGUACAUUUGUAGUUACUGACCUUCUGCUCAAUAGGCAUAUAGAGAAAGCAAAGGCGAUGAACAAAUAAGGGAAUGUCUCUAUGUCACAUGACUAGGCUUGUGGCCUUAAGUUUUGAUUUCUAGUCUUUUUUGUUGGUUGGUUGGUUUGUUUAAAUCAGGUGCUUGAAUUUUGAUCUGAGACCCUCUGUCUAGAGCCUCUGCAGAUGUAUUUUCCACAUACACAUGUUCAUUCCACACUCAUUUACUCAGAUUUCUCCAUUUUCAUCCCUAUCAUGCCUCUACUCAUUAUAUUCUCUUUUUUGGCCCUCAUAACUGGGUCUUUUAAGCUACCUACAUUUCUCUGGGACUCACUUUCCCACAAUCUCUGCUGCGGACCUUAUCCUUGCUGUUAAGAAUCAUGAUAUCACUCUUAAGCUCCCUGCAUUUCCCUUCAGUGUAUUUCUCUUUGUCCAGAGAAAGUAGACUUUAACUGGACAACUUUGAAUACUGACAUCAUCGAUAAAUAAAGUAGCUUGUGGUUUUAAUGGCUGAAUGUCAUAUUAGUUUGGUAAAUAAACUUUCUGCUUCCCAUGUUAUGUACUAGGCACAACGUGCAAUUAAAUUUGUAUCCUACUUCUUGUUGACUUCCAUACAAUGGACACUUUGUUUAAAUCAGAAGAAAUUAAAAGGGGGGGGGACUCCUAGUCACUGUUCUCUUAAUUUGGGCUCAUAACAUUCACUUUAUUUUUUGCACUUCAAUGGUUGAUUAAAAGAUGGCAAAGCUUCUUAAAAUUUUUGUCAUCACUUUGUUUACCUAUGGAGAAAAACGAUUUCCACUAGGCAGCUGCAAACUUAUAUUUGCACGUGUGUGCAUAUCUCCAAACUCAUAACUUUGUAUAUAUUUGUCCAAUUUUCUUGUAUAUCAAUUAUAUCUCAAUA